UAUUGGAAGCAAAACAUUAUUUUCUUCAGGAAAUGGCCAAAAUACAGCCUCCUUGUCAGAAUUGACAAAUGCUGUCAUUGAUGUUAUUGGCAGAGAUGGCUGUGCCAUGGAUGGAAUCGGUGGAUCAGAAGAAUUUGAUUCAACAUGUAUACAGGAAAGCCAAAGCAGAUCAGAUGUUGGUCUCAAUUCACAGCCUGUAUAUCAGUUUGUAAAUGAUUACAUGACAUAUCAGCCAGUGCUGGAGGCAGAGGAGGUUCCUGCCACGUUUCAUCUUUCAAGACCUGAGGCUAGCAGGACUUCCAAAGUGUUCACAACCUCUACAUCAUGCAAUCGAUGUUGCUGUCAGGAGUGUAAAGCAAUCAGGCAGCUGCAAAAAAGAAAAUUAGAAUUAGAAGUGGCUAUUUUAGCAAAGCAAUUAAAAAAAGAACAAUAAAGAUCAAUAUGCACAUUGAGUGCUGAUGCCAAAUUUUAUUAAAAUUACAUACAAAUAUUUAAGUUAAAUUUUGUGGCAUUGACAGGUUAAAUUUGGAAAGAGAUUACAGUAAAGGACCUCUAACUACAUUCUUAAUAUCCGAUAUAUGUCUGUUGCCAAUUAUCAGCACA